AUGGCGUAUGAGCAGUAUGUGGCGGACUACGAACGGGACGGAUUUUUCGUCAUCCCCAGCUUCCUUGCCGACGAAGAACUGGCCGAGCUGCAGGAGAACAUCGAUCGCUACAUUCGCGAGGUCGUCCCAGGGCUGACCGCGAAACAUGCGUUUUAUGUCGAACAGACCCGGCCGGAAACGCUCAAGCAACUGCAGCACAUGGAUAUCGAUCCCUACUUCCGCGACUACGCUAACCAUCCGCGAUGGAACUCGAUGGCCGAGACGAUCCUUGGCGACACGGCCAGGUGCGAGGGCCCGGAAUGGUUCAACAAGCCGGCCGGAACCGAUCAUGCCACCCCGCCGCAUCAGGACAACUACUAUUUUUGCCUAACCCCACCGCAGGUGUUAACCGCCUGGCUUGCUCUCGACGAUGUUGACUCCGAGAACGGCGGACUGAUCUACGUGCAGGGCUCGCACAAGCGGGGCAUUCGCCCGCAUGGCUUGAGUGCGAUGGUUGGCUUCUCACAGGCGAUUGCCGACUAUGGCCCUGACGACGAGCAGCUUGAACGGCCGGUGCGGCUGAACCGCGGCGAUUUGGUGGUGCAUCACGGCGAAACCAUUCAUCGGGCCGAGCCCAACCGCAGCCCCACGCGGCACCGUCGGGCGUUCGCCAUGGUGUUCAAGGGUGAGAAGUGCCGCCGCGACGAAGCGGCAUUCGACCGUUACCAACAGGCCCUGGCCGAAGCGGGGGCCACGUUGGUUACGGCCUCGCGUUCGAUGGAACGCAACGAGGAGUUUGCCGCCGGGCUGCGCAGCCAGGGGCACGACGCGCACGCGUUGCAGUUCGACUUGGAGGAUCUCGACUCGAUCGACCGAUUGCACAGCCUAGUGAUCGAACGUUUUGGGCGGCUCGAUGUUUUGGUCAACUCGGCACUUGCCCGCGACGGGCACAAGGGUGGAUUGCAGGAUCAAACCCCCGAGGUGUGGCAACACUGCGGUACGGGCGACCUGGCAGGACUGUUGCGGAUUUGUCAGUUGUUUGUGGCCGACAUGGCGGAACAGGGCGGGGGAUCGAUCAUCAACAUCUCGAGCAUCUAUGGCGUGGUGGCCAACGACCCCACGAUUUACGAAGGCACCGACAUGGUGCAGCCGCCGACGUACAACUUCGUGAAGGCCGGAAUGAUCAACUACACGCGAUACCUGGCCAGUUACUACGGCAAACAGGGCGUGAGAGCCAACUGCAUCAGCCCCGGCGGGUACUUCGACGAACAGCCAAAGUCGUUCGUCGAGCAAUACUCGCACCGGGUACCGCUAGGGCGAAUGAUGGACAACGACGACAUCCAGGGGGCGGUGGUGUUCCUGGCAUCCGAUGCCUCGCGGUAUGUGGGGGCCGAACGGGUCUCGCUCUGCGAUACGAACGACACGAUUCGCAAAGAACUGGCUGAGCGGUAUCCGCUGUCGAAGGUGUUCGCCGACAUUGGCAAGGCGGCCCAACACGAGUGGGACGCGGUGGCCAUCUGCACGCCGGCUCACCUGCACGUUCAACACGCACUGAAGCUACUCCCCAGCACCCGGGCGAUGCUGAUUGAAAAGCCGUUAGCGAUAUCACUCGACGGGUUAGAACCACUGCUCGAGGCGGCCCGAGAGAAGCCCGUCGGGGUGGCCUAUGUCAUGCGGGGGCAUCCGGCCGUGCAGGCGGUGAAGGAACAAUUGGACGAGGGUCGCAUCGGAGAGCUGAAGCAGGUCACUUACGUUGGGGGCCAACAUUUCCCGACCUUUCGUCCGGCAUAUCGGGAGAUUUAUUACACCCGCCGCGAGACGGGUGGCGGGGCCGUGCAAGAUGCGGCGACCCAUUCAUUCGAUCUAAUUCAGUACCUCGCCGGCCGCUUCGAUUCGGUCUUCUGCGACUACGGGCAUCAAGCCUUGGAAGGUGUGGAGGUCGAAGACACGGUUCAUCUCACCGCCCGAGCUGCGGACAGUCGGGUGAUGGUCUCGCUGGCCCUGAACCAAUUCAUGGCCCCCAACGAGAGCAUGCUGCAACUCAACGGCGACCGGGGCAGUUUGCGUUUGCAAUUCCACGAACACCGCUGGGGGCUCUUCAACCACGGCGACGAAGCGUGGCAGUGGAGCGAACCGCUGGUGAACGAACGCGACGACCUCUUCCGCCGCCAGGCCGAGACCCUGUUGGCCGCCGCCAACGGUAAGCCCGCCUUCCGCUGUUCGCUGGAAGAUGCGCGGCAUACGCUGUGUAUCAAUCUGGCAGCGCUAGAGUCGGCUGGAGAGAAAGUGGUGCCGGUCGAUGGCUUUGGUGGCUGA